AUGGACUUCAACUCAGCUCGCUUCUUACGUCCAUCAGCUUAUCUCAAGCAGACACUGCUAUCAUCACCGUCGUCAUCUUAUUCACCAACUACCGCACCAACACUUCCCAGCCAUUGUUCACCACAGCUGUCCGCUUCCCCCCCCUCCACAUCAUCAUCCCUCUCGAACCCACCACUCAACUCCAUCCUGCAGGUUAUGGGUAACGAGCGUCAAGAGAUGGAGGACGAUUCCUGGACAGAUCUUCUCAAUUUGGGCAGCCAGAGCACCAAUAGCACCUUGCGGGCCAGUCAGCUCAACACCCAGAUGGAAACCCCAGCGUUUGGUGGCUUUUCCGACGAUUUGAUCUUUCCCAUCGAACUCGAACACCAUCGCUCCCCCUCCAAUCAUGCCUCGAUUCAGGAUAUAUUCCCAUCACACUUCAGCCCCAUCUUGUCAUCGGUGUCACCGUCACCAACGUUCAUGCAUGCCAUGCCUGGAUCCGGCCCUGCCUCGAUGCCCUUCUCACCAGUGCAUGCUAUGACCCCAGAGCGGAGAUACUUCCAACAGUCACCUCACGCUGCCGAGAUUGCCCUGCAGAGUCGUAUGUCACCCUUCGCCGGCUACGAAUCCGAAGGGUAUCAGACGGAUCCACUGUCUCCGUUGACGAACGGCCAAUUCAGCAACAUGCAUUUGUCGGAUACGAUGUCGAGUCCGAUGCAAGGAUACAUGACCAACAUGUCUCAAUCUGCACCAACGCAGCAUGUACCGUUUGCCGACAUCUUCCUAUCAAAUGGGUCACUCAAUCCUCUAGCAACACAACUGCGCACUGCACCGGCGCUAUCUCCAUCGCCAAAGAUUGAACCGGAGCCCGAAUUGGACGCCAAUCAUGCUGAUGAUGACGACUCCGUUGACUCGACACCAGAACUUGAUACUGACGAUGCCGACCGACCUGUGCGCAAGCAUACGCGUAUCCCUCUGCCAAUUCCAGUGCCGAAUUUGACAAAGAAGUCCCGUGGGCGCCACGUACCAACCCUCCCGUCUUCGCAAACAGGCCAAUUAGGCAUCAUGCAUAGUGCCAGCUCGAGAGAUGAAGUGAUGGCCGCUUCGAAGAUCGCCGCGGAGCAACUGGCAAGCGUGAGCAGUACCCAUCUGCCUCCCGCCGAGCUACUCGCACAUCUGACGGAUGUACACUGCCAUCCCACCGACUCGGAUACCCCCAAGGACGUGAUGGAAGCCCUCGUGAUCCGGGUAUGCGCAAUGGCGACGCGCUCGGAUGAUCAGGAAAAAGUGGCUGAUCUAGCAAGAGAAUGGCCGGAUAAGGUCACGCCUUGCUUUGGCUAUCACCCGUGGUUCUCGCAUACGAUUUCUCUGCUCCAGAAGUUACCAAAUAAAGAGGAGCAUUAUGCAUCGAUUCUUCUCUCUGGGAAGGAUGCGAGCCCAGAGAAUAGUCUAAAGCUACAGGAGAUGCUCCCGCUCUUGCCUGAACCCCGUCUUCUGAAGGAUAUUGUUGCUGAAGUCCGAAAUAAUCUGGUAGCUCAUCCGCAGGCAAUGUUGGGCGAAGUUGGGCUGGAUCGUGCAUUUCGCAUACCCAUGCGCCCGUAUCCUUCACCGCCGCCCCGAAAACUGUCGCCUUUCUCUGUACCAAUGGGGCAUCAGCUCGCCAUCCUGGAGGCGCUGCUUGGAGUUGCUGUGGCAUUGAAACGGAACGUCAGCAUGCAUAGCGUGAAGUGUCAACAGGUCACGGUGGAACUGUUCAAGAGGAUGAAGGCACUGCAUAACGAGAAGUGGGGCAGUAUCAACAUCGACUUGCACAGCUGUGGAUUUAGUGCUGAAACAUGGAAAGAGGUCGAGCGCAAUUAUCCGAACGUAUAUUUAUCCCUCUCAACCACGAUCAACGCUAAAAAUGGAGGGGUUGCGGCGCUUAUCCAGGCUGCGGCGGAAACUCGUAUUCUGAUCGAGUCUGACUGGCACGACAUCACCUUAUGCACGGGCAGUGCUUGGGAUAUACUGAGAUAUAUCGCCGAAGUGAAAGGUUGGAGGGUUGAGGAUACAUGGGAAGAACACGUACAGGGCGAACCGGGUGCUGUACGCCGGAUUGAAGAGAAUUGGAAUUCCUUCAAGAGUGGUGGAAAAGGUCUUGCGCCUGAGCACAUCGCCUCUAAUCACAGAGAUCGAAGACGUAGAGAUCACUCCGUCGACGAGCUGGAUAGCGAUGUAGAGGAGUAG